AUGCGAAUGGAGUUAGUCCGUUGCGAUUGGCCGAAAUGCGUGAUGACCUUGACGUGCUGGUCCCAAUGGCCUCCUAUGCAAAGGAACUGCGAUUUUUUCGGACUAAUGAAACCAUCCCACACUUGCCACGUCCGUGUACCAUGCUA